AUGGCGCCGAGUCGCGAGGCGACGCCGCCGUCCGAGGCGGCCUCGUGUUCGUUUGCGGCGCUCGCUACUUCGACAGCAUUCGUACAGGCGCUCCAGCGCGAUGUGCAUAUCCUCCUCGAUGCGUUUGCGCUCACGUGGCUAUGGCUCGAUCAGAAUGUGGAUGCGCCGAGCUCGCUGCGCUGGGAGUACGGCGCGAUGGCCGUCUUCCAGCGCGUGUGGGCGCGCAACCAGUGGCCACAAGUGAGUGGACUGCUAGGCAGCGAGGUGCGCACUCGCCGCGCGUUUAUGCAGGCGGUGGCCGAUGCGUUCCUGGAUCGUAUCGCUGCCGCGACGGGCGCCGCCACGACGGAGCCACACACCGUUUUGCAUGCGGUCGGAGCGCUCCUUGGCCUGUACUGCUGGUGGCAUGCACAGCCAACUGGCGCAUGGCCCGCCAUUCGCGUCGAUCCUGCGGCGUACACGGCCAUUGCCUCGCUCCCCGAGCGGGCGCGCGCCGUGCUCGAUGCGGGCCCUGAGGCGUCUACGCUGCCGCCGUCUGCCGACGUCUGGUACGUCGCGCAGCAGAUGCUUGGCACGGCUACGGCGCCCGGGUAUAUCCAUCUGUACAUGGCGCCGCGGCAUGUCCCUCGCCUGCGCGCGCUGACCACGGUGAUGCCGCGCCAGCAGCUCGAGGCACGCCCGCGGCUCGUUGGGUCCAUUGGCACGACGCAGGCGCCGCGCCAGGCGCCGCCCGCAGAGGCGCCACUGCUCCAUGGGGACGUGCAGCAGGACGUGGGCCUUCCCAGCGAAGGACCGGCGCCUGCUGCGUCGACUCGGACGACCCAAUCGCUCGAGGCCCUGUGGCAAGCCCAAAGAGAGUAUGCGCGCGCGCAAAAGUCCGUCGAGGACGCUGUGGCUUGGGACUCGAGCAGCUGGGACGAGGGCCGGCCCCUCUCGCUCCCUACGAUCCUGGCGUACCUACAAUCGGGCACCGGCCCUGCCUCGUGA